AAAGUUUUGAACCGAAAGAGUCAGUAGCUUCAUCUUUCAUCUCCACUUAAAAUUUAUAUUCCAUUGUCGUUACCUUUUGGUGUUUUGCCGACUGUUACCUGUAUAGGAGUUAAGGAUCCAUGUCCAAAACUUCCCACUUUCUCUCUCUCUGCUUCCUCUAAUUCAGAAACUUCAACUACCCCCUUUUUUUUUUAUUUGGCUUUGUCUCUCGAUCUAUAUCUGUUGGUAGUGAAGAAAGAGACUUCGCCGAGGAGGUUAAAGUAACCAAAAAGUGAUACUUUUUCAGCCAUGGAAGCCAUAAGAAAGCAAGCGGCCAAGCUCAGAGAGCAAGUUGCUAGGCAACAGCAAGCGGUUUUGAAGCAUUUAGGGCAUGUUAACGCGGAUGCUGUGGUUGUUGAUGAAGAAGAGCUUCACUGUCAUCAGAAACUUCAAGAACUAUAUAGCUCUACUAAGGCUGCAAAACGUUUGCAAAGGAAUAUUGUUCGUGGGCUAGAAGGGUUCAUUGCAACAGGCACCAAAGUUGUAGAGAUCGGGUUGAAGUUUGCUGAAGAUUUUAAGAAAUAUGGAGACGAGAAUCCUGAUGCUAACACUCCUCUCUCAAGAGUUGCACAUCACUUUGGGACCUCUUACAAGUCUGUGGAAGAUGGCAGGGAAACUCUACUUGGAGUUCUUAGUGAGCAGGUUUGUGAGCCAAUUCGUACAAUGAUAUAUAGUGCGCCUUUGGAGGAUGCAAGGCAUUUAGUGAAUCAUUACGACAGGUUGAGACAAGAAGUCGAAGCACAGGCGACUGAUGUACUGAGGAGAAGAUCAAAGUUGAAGGAAUCUGAUGUAUCUGAAGAGGCUUACAUGAAGCUUAAGAACUCUGAGUCGAGAUUGGCUGAGCUCAAAUCAAGCAUGAAAACCCUUGGCAAAGAAGCUACUAAGGCUAUGUUAGAAGUCGACAAUCAGCAGCAGAGCAUAACUUAUCAGCGCCUCCGUACUCUGGUUGAAGCUGAGAUAUCAUAUCAUCGUAAUGCUCUUGAUAUCCUUGAUAAGCUACAUUCUGAGAUGAUUGCUGAGGAAGAAGCUAUAGAAUCAUCACCAAAGUCUCUACCUUUACAUUUAGAAGAAACGAAUGCCAGUCACAGCAGAGAGAUCAAAUCAAAUCACCAAGGAGAAACCAAGCAUGCUACUCCCCAUGAAGAAGAAGUAACCAAACCCAAUCCAAAGGACCACAUGGAGUCUAGUCCUGAAGUUGAAAUCAAAUCCAAACCUGUGAAAGAGAUCAAGUCUUCUAGUACAGAGGAAGAUAUCAAGUCCUCCACCAAUGGAUCUGAUGAUCAGCACAGCCAUCAGCUUCUCAGUCAAAAUGAUUCCUACUUUCUUGCAAAGGUUGUGCACCCGUUUGAUGCUCAAGCGCCGGGAGAACUGAGCCUAGCGGUUGAUGAUUAUGUCAUCGUGCGACAGGUGGCUGGGACAGGCUGGUCGGAAGGAGAAUACAAGGGGAAAGCCGGAUGGUUCCCGUCGGCUUACGUGGAGAAACAAGAGAAAGCUCCUGCGAGCAAGAUUGUGGAAGCAAACCUUUAACCAGCAAACAUAUGCAUAUAUACACAUACCAUGCAUAAUGUAUGAUAUGUUUGAUGUUUCCACGAGUACAUAUGAUCAGUGUGUGUUUUCUUCCUUAUUAUGUAUCGCCCAUCAUAUGUAGUGGUGGUUUUCUAGACGCAGUGAGAAACCCUAUGUUAACGUUUGCUUGAUGGGUUCUCUGUUUCUUAUGUAAUGUUUACUCUGAAAAUGAUAAUGAUCCACCCUCU